GGCUACAUUCCCUCCUCCCUUCUUCAAGAGUUCGUUACUCGCGGGCCUUGUUCAUCUAACAACUGCCAUGCACAACGCACUCGCGCUGCUCGAGAUUUUAGAUCAGAUUUUCAUGCACGUCGUGUCAAGAGACACACUGGGCGUCCUUGCCCGAACAUGUAAGGCAUUCGAACGCUCCGCUUUAGAUCGGCUCUGGUCGGGUGACCCAUGGCCUAUAGGAACGGAUGCUCUCCUCUGUGUCCUCUCCCAGUUUCUGGUCAAAGACGAAAAGGGAAAUAUCGCUGGCGCCAAGGUUGACGUCGAGGUUCCUGAGCAAGACUCGGAGGACUGGGACCGUAUCUUCAGAUUUACCAGUCGUAUAUGUGGCUUCUCACUGCGACCUGCCUACAUCGAUCCUUCCGCGCUGGUAACCUUCGUGCGCCAUCCAUCAAGCGUUGAGAAGAUCUUCCCAAAGCUCCGAAGCCUCAAAAUCUGUGGCACAGAAGUAGAAUUUAUCAAUGCAUGCAUGGAGUUCAUCCACCCCCACCUCCUUUCCUUGACGGUAUCAUGCCACCCAGAUCUUCUACCCGUUGCUUUGGAUGCGAUUCCCAAGAGAUGCCCCCGUCUGCACAGUCUCAUUCUAUCGCUGGAAUUCCUCUCCCUAUACUCCUCCACAGAUCCGCCACUCGUUCAGGCGGUGACCACCGCUGUUGCCCAACUACCCUCAAUCACCGUUCUCAAGUGCCCCGACCUCGAUCUGGAUGAAUUGCAUACCAUUCUUCCCCAUAUCCGCUUUCAGCGACUCACCAUAGAAAAUAUGGGUGAACCGCGACCACGAGCCAUCCAAGGUCCUAAUUCUGGUGUUCCCUCAAAUGGCUAUUCGAUCGAAUCCAUCGGGCUUAGUUCCUCAUGUCUCAGCUUUACCUUACCGUUGUUUAGCAACCUUCAAGGGUCCCCGAAAAGCUUGAAUCUCUCGGGGCCGGACAAUGACGACGAUCCUUCCCAGGAUCCCGAAUACGUACGCGCACUCAUCCGGCUCACCAUCGCAAGCAUUUGGGCGCUGUCAGACCUCUGUCCCAGUUUACUGCUCCUCAAGCUGCGUAUUAGCGCCAGCGGCCUAGAUCUCGAGAAAGAUAUCGAAAGGUGA